AUGCGCUUCUCAACUACUGUAGGCCUUCUUGUAGGCCAGGCAAUAUCUACUGCUGCCACCGGCAUUCUACUCCCCCUCUAUGUCUAUCCUUCCCAAGAGGCAGGAGACGGUGCUGUCAACUGGAAUCCUGUAUUGGACGCCAUAUCAUCCAAUACCAACAUCCCGUGGUUGGUCGUUGUCGAUCCGUUGAACGGGCCCGGCGCUUCUGGCAAGCCCGGCAACGGCGACGUCAACUACAUUGACGGCACAUCUAAGCUCAACAGCUACUCCAACGUCAAGACCAUCGGCUAUGUUCGUACCGACUACGGCCAGGCGCCUCUCGGCGAGCUCAAGGCCAACAUCACCACCUGGAGCAACUGGGGAGCAUACGCUGCUGCCGAUGUUGGCGUGGACGGCAUCUUCUUUGACGAGAGCACCGCCGACUUUGACUACCUCAACGAGGCCAUCACCUUUGCUCGUAAUGCCUUCAGCAAUAGCAUUACGACUAUUUGCAACUUUGGAAGCAGAGCAGAGCCCGAGUACUAUAGUAUCUGCGACGUCGUAAUCGCCUUCGAGAGCUGCCUCAACUGCGCCGAUGGCCCGCCGUACGAGAGCCAAAGGACUCUGAGCAACAACAUUCCUUCUGGUUAUGAGUCAAAGGCUGCCGUAAUUUUGAACCGGUUCACAGGCACCUCUGCUUAUGGCAAGGAAGCCGAUCGAGGGCUGGUGACUGAGUACGUCAAGGCCAUGAAAGAGAGUAGUCUUGGCUGGUACUACUUUACAUCGGCUAACUACAAUACUAUUGAUGCUGAACCGGCAACCGUGGGAGCCAAUGCGGAUGCACUGGGUGCUUAA